GGCGGCGCGGUGAUUGGCUGCAGGGGGUUGAAUGUAAGAUGGCGCCCAGGGAGCUGUGAGGGGAAAAGACUCGGGGCCGAGGCGGCGGCGGCGACAGGGCCGGGAACGUUACAAGUCUAAGAGCUCAGGACAAGAGCAGCAGAAAUACAUGCAACAUGGUGACUGGAACCCUGAGGACCUUGCAAUAUGAAUAAUUCUCUGGAGAAUACCAUUUCCUUUGAAGAAUACAUCCGUGUGAAGGCGCGAACGAUCCCCCAGCACAGGAUGAAGGAGUUUCUAGACUCCCUUGCUUCCAAGGGGCCAGAAGCUCUCCAGGAGUUUCAGCAGACAGCCACCACCACAAUGGUGUAUCAGCAGGGUGGCAACUGCAUUUACACGGACAGCACAGAGGUGGCUGGGUCUUUGCUUGAACUUGCUUGUCCUGUGACAACCAGUAUCCAACAACAAACUCAGCCUGAGCAGCAGAUACAGGUUCAGCAACCCCAGCAAGUCCAGGUUCAGGUCCAGGUCCAGCAGUCACCACAGCAGGUCUCCGCCCAGCAACUCUCUCCGCAGCUCUCUGUCCACCAGGCUUCCGAGCAGCCAAUACAGGUCCAGGUGCAGAUCCAGGGCCAGGCACAGCAGCAGGCAUCCCAGACAAUACAGAGUCAGUCUCUUCAGAGCCCCAGCCCAUCGCAGCUGCAGGCAGCUCAGAUCCAAGUGCAGCAUGUGCAGACUGCCCAGCAGAUCCAGGCUGCAGAGCUACAGGAGGAACACAUACAGCACCAGCAGAUCCAGGCCCAGCUUGUGGCAGGACAGGCCAUUACUGGUGGCCAGCAGAUCCAGAUCCAGACAGUCGGAGCACUGUCACCUCCACCUUCUCAACAAGGGUCCCCACGAGAGGGAGAGAGGCGGAUCAGCUCUGCCAGUGUCCUUCAGCCAGUGAAGAAACGUAAAGUGGAUAUGCCUAUUACUGUAUCGUAUGCUAUUUCAGGGCAGCCAGUUGCCACAGUGCUGGCCAUUCCUCAGGGCCAGCAGCAAAGUUAUGUCUCUUUAAGGCCAGACUUGUUAACAGUGGACAGUGCCCACCUGUACAGUGCCACUGGGACCAUUACUAGCCCCACUGGAGAGACGUGGACCAUCCCUGUUUACUCCGCUCAACCACGUGGUGACCUUCAGCAGCAAAACAUAACCCACAUUGCCAUCCCUCAGGAGGCCUACAAUGCCGUCCAUGUUAGUGGCUCACCCACAACACUGGCUACAGUGAAGCUGGAAGAUGACAAGGAUAAGAUGGUGGGAAGUACUUCAGUAGUGAAGAACUCUCAUGAGGAAGUGGUGCAGACUCUUGCUAAUUCGAUCUUUCCAGCACAGUUCAUGAAUGGCAACAUCCACAUUCCAGUGGCAGUGCAGGCUGUGGCAGGGACAUACCAGAAUACAGCACAAACAGUGCACAUAUGGGACCCACAGCAACAACAGCAGCAGCCCACACCCCAAGAGCAGGGGCAGCAGCAGCAGCUACAAGUCACUUGCUCAGCUCAAACUGUUCAGGUUGCUGAAGUUGAACAGCAGCCACAGCCGCAGACUUCACCUGAACUUCUGCUUCCAAACUCUCUGAAGCCAGAAGAAGGUCUUGAAGUAUGGAAAAGCUGGGCACAGACCAAGAAUGCAGAGCUGGAAAAAGAAGCCCAAAAUAGACUAGCACCUAUUGGAAGGCGUCAGCUGCUGAGGUUCCAGGAAGAUCUCAUAUCUUCAGCUGUGGCUGAGCUGAAUUAUGGUCUGUGCUUAAUGACACGAGAAGCUCGGAAUGGUGAUGGUGAACCCUAUGAUCCAGAUGUGCUCUACUAUAUCUUCCUGUGUAUUCAGAAGUAUCUCUUUGAAAAUGGCCGAGUUGAUGACAUCUUCUCAGAUCUCUACUAUAUUCGGUUCACUGAAUGGCUGCAUGAAGUUCUUAAGGACAUACAGCCCCGUGUUUCACCUCUUGGUUACAUCCUCUCCAGUCAUGUAACAGAAGAGAUGCUGUGGGAGUGUAAGCAGCUUGGAGCUCACUCCCCUUCCACCUUGCUCACUACAUUGAUGUUUUUUAAUACAAAAUACUUCCUGUUGAAAACAGUAGACCAGCACAUGAAGCUGGCCUUCUCCAAGGUGCUGAGGCAGACCAAGAAGAACCCUUCUAAUCCCAAGGACAAAAGCACGAGUAUCCGCUAUAUGAAGGCUCCAGGCAUGCACCAGACAGGACAGAAAGUUACAGAUGACAUGUAUGCAGAGCAGACCGAGAAUCCAGAGAACCCCCUGAGGUGUCCGAUAAAGCUGUAUGACUUCUACCUCUUCAAAUGCCCCCAGAGUGUGAAAGGCCGGAAUGACACAUUUUACUUGACACCGGAGCCAGUGGUGGCCCCCAACAGCCCUAUCUGGUAUUCCAUCCAGCCGAUCAGCAGAGAGCAGAUGGAGCAGAUGCUCACCCGGAUCCUGGUGAUACGAGAGAUUCAGGAAGCUCUUGCCGUGGCUAAUGCCAGCACCAUGCACUAAGAAAACAUGAACUACAGGAUUGGCCUGGUUGGCUGGGGCCUCUGUCUCCUUGGAGUACGUGCAGCCUAGAGGGCACAGAAUGAUGGAUGGACCUGCUCAGCCAGUGGAGGAGAGGCAGGCAUCUUCUUUUCUUGUGCUUGGACGUUAAUUUGCUGUUAUCUUGGAAGAAAGAGGAGAGAGUGAACUGCAAUUAUGAUUUAUACAAAAAAAAAAAAAAAAACAAACCAACAAUUUCUAUUCAGACCUUUAAGUGACAUUUUUAGAUGUUAAAAGUACAAACUUUACCACACUCUUCUUUUUUGGCCUAACAUUGAGGCCUUAAACCUUGAGGCUUCUGUGCCUGAUGAAUUCUUGUAACAUACACUUGUGUAUCAUAUAAAGAUACCACCCUGUUUCUCUUAUGUAUUCUUACUCUAGUUGUUUAUUAAGAAUGACGAGCACGUCUUUUCAACAUGCCAUUGAACAAUGUGUCUUUAUUUGGGGAAGAGUGAGCUGUGAGGGUGGGGGGGGUCAUAUACAAAGAUGAGUAUGCAAACUGGUUGUUUUCAUCCCUGUUCAUGCUUUCCAGCUCAACUCUGCUGGAUUUCUUUCACCCCUACAACUUAGAAAGGUAGAAGGGCAUACAUUUCUGUUGAAGGACCUGAAUGUUUGCUUGCUGAUGGAAGCUCAGUGCCAGGCUAGGAACAUGGGAUCUGUGAGAUCAGAUCAGACUGUCCUAAUGUUCUGUGGCUUUAACACGAGGCAAAUCCCCCUCUCUCCACCUUUUCAAAUGCAUCACAACAACAGCAUGAUGGAGGGAUAGUGGAGGGAAAAGGCCUUCCAGGAGCAGCAUAUGGCUUACUCCUGCUGUUUAACAGCCUUUUCACAGUUUUUAACACAGCUGUAUAGCUUUUGGCAUCGUUCAUGACCAUAAUCCCCAGCCCUGUAGCCUUGCCUUGCUGUGUCUUAAAUGGUUGCUGUAUUUUAUAUCAUUAACAAAUAGUCUGCUCUUUUGAAGCCAGCAGGUAGCCAACUUUGCUUGAAAUGGGAGAUCACUUGCCAGGCUUGUUACUUGUGCCACCGGCUUCUUGGAUGCAGAGAAAUUACUCUGCUUCUUGAACUUGUCUUCCCUGCUUCUCCACCUCAUGUCCCUUCCCUGUUCCAAAAUAACAGAUAAAUAUUUAAUUAUAUAUUACAGUAAAAGAACAUAAACUUGUGUACAGGCAAGCAACUUUCCUGAAGCCUCUGUUGUCCAGCACCUAUCUGUAUUGAGAAGGAAGGUCUGCCCUCUCUGUUGGUUGUGCAGAGUGUAAAUUGAUGAGAGUAGCCAAUGUUCCCUGUCUUUGUGCUUGUGAGCAGUGUUGAGGUGUGCAGCUUAGAGAGACUUCCCAAGCCUCUGAUGAUUCAUAUUGAUGUUGCUGUUCCUGAGGAAGCAGGUGUGCUUGACUUUGCUGUCAGUAUGAGCAGUUUGUUCCCUCUGCAGGACUCUGUACUCAAAAUUGUGUGCAGAGAGGUGAAGUAGCAAUGCACAGUUGCUUUGUUUUAGACUCUUAGCUCAGUGUCUGCCCUCAGAACUAGGCCAGAGGAAAACAGCCUGGGAUCAGUGCCCAGAUCACAGUGGGUAAGCAGGGAAGAUGGUACCUAGGGUGGGUGUAGGGCUGGCAGCAGGUACUGUUACCUCAGUUUGUCUGCUGGGAGCCAGCAGUUGCCGCCUUGUUAGGGUGACUCUUGGGAUCACCAGUACUGCUUCAGCUGUCAGAAGCCUCUAAUCCUUUCACCAUAUCUUAGUGACUGACAUGUACAUCUUUGGCCCUUUUUUAAGUCUUUGAGGGCAUGGUUGGGUCAGGCUCCUAUUAUUCCAAGCAGUUGCAUGUGCAACAUACACAGGGUGUGCCCAAGAGGCAUGCACAGAGUGGCUUUCCCUUUCUUUUGGGCAGUUUGUCCCAUCAUCAGAGCAGAGUUGGAAGGCCUGCUGCCUUGGCUGUCUUCAUCAGAAAUAGAGUGGAUAUUAAACAAUCUGGCAGAUACACACUGUACCAGUUGUUUUACUGGGCAGCCUUGAGAGCCACCUCUUAACACUUAAAAUUGAUAGAAACUGCAGUAGUUGACAGAACUUUAGGGCAGUUGCAGGUUGGAAACAAAGAGGAGCUUCAGCUGAGCUUUCUGGGGGAACAAAAUUCCAUGUUACCUUAAAAUUCUAGAUUGUGCACUCUCCUUACUACUAACUGCAAGAUGAUCUCAAGUCUUUUUAGGGGGAAGAGUUCUCCUUGGAGGAUACUGGUUAAGAACAGAGAAGCUAGGCACAUGAUGAGCUGUGGAGAUCUCCUGAUGUUUGGUUUUGUUCUGAUGGACUGGAGUGUUUCCAUUCCUUUCUCAUUGUCCGCAUGUACAUAGGAGAGGAUCUGCUGAUGCAGAAGUGGACUGCUGCACUGUUCUGUACUGUCUCAUCAGAAUGUCCACUGUGUUAACUUCAUUCCCUAUUUUUAGAGACAAUCGAUAUACUGUGACUUAAGGAUUAUUUUCUUGGAUCUGGCUUCUAGUCUGUCUCUCUGGAGCUAGUUUAAAAGGUACAGUAUUUCUAGAAUAUAAAUACUAUGUUCUUUGAUAGUGAAGAACAUGAUCUGCUCCCUUGUAGGGGCUCAUAGGAAGACAUGCACAGAGUAGCACAGAAGAGUGCCGUGGCUUAGAGUUGCUAUCCACAUUCUGGGAAAUGUUCCCAGUUGAACAUGUAAAAUUGCUUUUUAACACUUUCCUAUAACCAGCUUGACUGCUGCUUAAAGGGCAUUCCCCCUUGGCUCUGAGAGUGCCAAACUGCUUGUACUGCUCUUGUAUACGUGUAUAUAUUGACAGGAACUCUCCGUGCCCUAUGCCUUGUAUGAGACAGGCUGAAAAUGCAUCGAUCUCUAAAUAAAUAGAGCUGAGAAGUCAAGAUAGAGACUGUGUGUUGUUGAUUUUGAACUGUGCUCAUCUUGUCACUGUGGUAUGAAAGGAACCGUAGAAAGCAGAGACUGACUGUUGUAAAGCACCUCACAUUCUGACAUGAGACUCAUAUAUUGUCCAAGCUCUUGACAUUUAACAGUGUUGCUUUCUUUAGGAAACUUGUAGCCUCUUACACAUGUGUCCACAGCACCAUUAGAUUUUCAUUUGCUUUCAAGAGGUCAAGCAUUUGCUCUUAAGUGGUAACAGCUGAAGCAGCAGAGAGCAGACUAUAGGGUGGAUCUUCACUCCUGUCUAGAGCAGUGUAUAAAGGGAAUGGCCUCAGAACUUCAUAGGGCUCUCAUCUGUUGGCUGCCUCACCCCUAGACGUCUGGACUUCAGAGGGGUCACAAGGUCUGAAGUAGUUCCUGAACUCUUCAGCCUUGGGCAAUACAAAAAGACUUAAUCUGAUCUCUAAAUAAGAAUCCUCUUCUGCACUGUUGCUGCUAGGGCAGAAAUUGUCUUGUUCUCAGCAUCAGGGCUACUGUCUGCCUUGGCAUACAUAGAAGGGAUGAGGCCUCGAAUCCUCCUAUGCUGUGAUAAGAGCAGAUCCAGAUGGUAGAAAAGAGCACCCUGAGUGUACAGGGGGUGGAGGACUGCUGGCACUGUAGUUGCUCAUCCUCUUGCUGGACUGAAUGCUGCUGGACACUGGCUGUGCAGCUGUCCAGCCAAACCACAUUCUUAUGCGAGUUUAAUACUGCUUGGACUCCUAAAUCACUGUUAAAGUGGGAUAUCAACUGUCUUCCACCCUAUAUGGGGCUUUUCUCCCCAUCUUAUUGCUGGAGCUGUUCUCUCAAACAUUACAGGGAAUGCACCUUAUCCAGAUGAUUCCGCCUCUUCUAUUUCGUUGGUGCCAAUGCUUAGGAAAGAGCCCUUCUCCGCUUAUACCUCUUCCUACCUUAAGGAACAUCUCAAUUCUUCCAGAAGUCUUGCUGACAUGCUGCUCCCAAAUCUCUGAAGUGAUUGCUGUGUCCCUACUUGCUGGUUUCCUUUGCUGCGUGGCUGAAGCUCUACUCUUAGCACUGCAGUCACAUUCCCUGUAACCUUGUGCAUGGCAGACGUGUUUGCCUGCUUCUCCUUUCUCUUUGGAGCUCAUCAGAACAGGAAGGCAGAUUAAACCCACUUACAGCAGCAAUAAACCAUGUCUAGAACUUGAGGGAACUGCAGGAGAGAAUGAAGUGGAGGGGAUGUCUCAAAAAGGCAGGGUCCAGUUGCAGCCCAAAACCUCGCUUGAUAAUGAGUGUGUAGCCUAUAUGCAAAAUACAUCUUGUCUGUCCCUCCUGUGUUGACCCAGGUCUAAACAGCACAUGUGAUUGGCAUCCUGCAAAGUGACCUUCAGAACUCUCCAGUAGCUUUGCCCCGUGAGUAACUCACACUACAAAUCAUUUUAAAGAGAUGCACUCAACUAUUUUUUUAAUUUAAUUUUACUCUUAUAUUCUCUGCUCUUUGUAAUCUGCUUGGAAAUAAAAUGUUUUUCCCUGCA